AUGUUCAGACGCUCUUUCUCUUCGAGGAGCCGGGCGGGAAAGACCGUCAAGGCUACCAAGAAGAGGUACGACGAACAGGUCAAGGAAAAGAUGCAGCAGGGGGUGGCCGAUGGAGCGGACAACAUGCCCGCGGGAAGGUGUGCACUCACUAGCCCCAUCAUCACCAUGGCGGUGGGCCAAGACCAGCGUCUGUUCGCUGCCCACGAAGAUGUCUUGUCCAUUUCGCCGUACUUCCGUGAUUCUCUGAAGGAGAAAUCGGCGGAUGACGGCUCGAAACAACUGACUCUACCUGACGAGGACCCUGAGAUCCUGUCUUGCAUUCUGGAGUUCUUGUACAAGGGUGACUAUUACCCACGCUUGCUUCGCGGCAAGCGUCGGGAUUCCUGGCACCUCGAGAAUGCUCAAGAUAUCGACAACACUGGCCGCGGGUCGAGCGAGGCGACGAUCUUCCACCCUGGAGUGGGAGACGUUGUACUCCGGGACACGGCGGUGUACUGCGCAGCCGAGAAGUACGGCCUGGAAGAGCUGAAGCGCAUUGCCCUUCGAAAGCAAGGCCUUCAGAUCGGUAUCUCAGCCGACGUGAUCUUGCGAUCUGCUCGGUACGCGUAUGACAACACCCCUGACUCGGAGUCUCGAAUGCGCGCUCAUUACCUUGCUCUCAUCAUCCGAAGUCGCAAGACUUUCAAGAGAAGCGGGACCAUGCAGAUGGAAAUGGAGAUCGGUGGCAAGUUGUAUUUUGAUCUGUUUGUGGCAAUGUGCAACCACAUGGAUGACCUCGCGGAGAUCCGGUAG